GCUCCCUCUAAUACUAUGGAAGACAAAAACUCACGGAGAAGGCUCUCAAAGGAUGAACGUAUAUAUAUGGUGGAAAUAUAUUUCAACAAGUACAUGGAAAUGAAUCCUGGGAAAUUCCCCACGGUUUCUGAUGCUGUAAAAGAUGUUGGUGGCUCUUACUAUUUUGUUCGACAGAUCCUGCAGGAGCUGAUAUACAAUUCAAAGUUGUCCUCUAUGAGUACUAAGGAUGCUUUGGUGGAGAAACAAACCUUGAACAAGGAUGAGAUAUCCACUAACUUUGCAGAGGUUUCUCGAACAAGCAAGCUGCCAGAAAUUAUAAGCCCGAGUUCGAAAGUGGAAAGUACGGAUCCCGGUUCCAAGACUUAUGAGUUAGAGCAGGGCCCACAGUCAUCCGUUACAGUUGAGGCUAAUAUAAAUGAUGAAACCCAAAUAUUUUCAGCAGUGAAUGCCAAAUCCGAAGAUGUCGGAACUGAAUCUCAUCACUCGGUUGAUGAGCCUGAAAGCUGUCUGACCCUUGAUCCUCAAAAUAAUAUCAGAAAGGAGACUAUACAUGAAGAUAAGGUGAAAUUCGAUGGGUUGCAACCCAAGUCUGAGCCACAAGAGUCAGUAGAGGUAUCUGGAAGGGAGUUGGACGAAGUGCCUAGUAAAGAAUUGGAACCUCAAAAGAAAUCAUCAAUGUGGAAAAAUCUGAAGUCGUUUGCAAAUGAAAUUUUAGAUAUAUGGAGGAGAUCUUAAUUUUGUUUGGGGGUAUAUCAGAAAAUGAAGUUUUGCAUCUCCUCGGGAAGUACAUAGUUUUCUGCUUGAGAUUAUCAUCAAAAAAAUGAAGUUUAUUGUUUCUCCAAGAAACACUAAUCUGGUAAACUGUGCUUAUUUAUGGACUCAAAAAAUGAUUGAGAUCGUGGCAAGUGAUACUAAACAGGUGGCGUGAGAUUUUCGUCAGCCUGAGUGAAUGUUUUAGUUUUGUAGCAGUAAGAUGCUGAUGUUAGAUGAUAGUGAAUUUACGUGGUACUAGAAGUUUCGAGAAGAUCUUCAUGAAGAGGGCGUUUAUAAAAUUCCCUGGAAUUGCUUAUCGUUGGUUUGUGCUACUCGUUUCUUCGUAGUGUAUGAAAAGUUUAGGGGUGUGUGGUCUGUUGAUGAAAAUAUAUUAGACAGUUGGGACGUUGAGAGUUGGAUCUCCAUGAACCGUUUAAUAUUCUAUUUACUAGUAAUCCAUCAUCAUUCAUUCAUUGAAACUUUAUUAUCAUCUGUAAUUUUGGGAGUGUAGAGAAAGAGAGAGCCUUGAAUUG